AACUCUCGAGUUUCAUAUUCCUUGCUUCCUGCUCCCUUAUAACUGGCAUGAGGGAUGUCCGAAAGUUUAACGUUAUCCUUAGUAUAAUAUUUUUUAAAGAUUCUAUACGUUACGCGAUUAAACCUACUAACGGUCUACUUUGCUAGUAUUUUUUAGUGGUCUUACAAAGAUAAUCGAUUUAUCGUAAUGGAGUUGAAUCCAUCUUAUGAAGCAAUCGGAAAAGGAUUUGUACAGCAAUACUAUUUGCUGUUCGAUGAUCCAGCCCAAAGACCAAACUUAAUAAACAUGUAUAACACUGAGACAUCUUUUAUGACAUUUGAAGGUUUUCAAAUUCAAGGUGCCAUUAAAAUUAUGGAAAAAUUAACUAGUCUGACGUUUCAAAAAAUCAAUCGAAUGAUAACAGCAAUUGAUUCACAGCCUAUGUUUGAUGGCGGUGUACUGAUAAAUGUUUUAGGAAGGCUGCAGGCCGAUGAAGAUCCACCACAUCCCUUCUCACAAAUUUUUGUGCUGAAACCAUUGGGAAAUUCUUUCUAUUGUCAACACGAUAUUUUUCGCCUUGGCAUUCACGAUAGUCCAUGAAGAAAAUGUUUGAUGCAACUUUAGAACUAUCUACAGACCAUUCAUUGAACCACAUGGACUAUUCACAUGUUGAAAUAAGUGAGCUAGGUUUUUUCAUAUUACUCUAUCUUUUUUGUCAUUGCAUAUUAUUCCACUUUAUCUAAAUAUCCCAGUUUUUAUAUGAAAAUUAUCUGCUUACAUUUUGGCCAUAAGAAAAAAAGAAAAGAAAAAAAAAACAUUUAAGAAUAAAUACAGUUUAAUAAUUGUGGUUUUCUUCAAUUUCCUUUUGUUUUCGUUGUCUAAUACUAACAAAAUAAUAUGCUAUUAAUAAAUGCAGUAUCUCUCUUAAUAGGACACUUACCGUAAUAGUGAUAUAAUACAAUGUCAUCAAAGUUAUAAAACAAAAAAAUAUAUAUUUCUUUUCCUAAU